AUGCCUAUCGCGAGGCGUAAAUUUGGUCUCCAGAUGGUCCAGACAUGCCUCAAGAUCGACCCAACGGUAAAACUCAUCGGAAAGGAUCAAACACCUCGAUCUGCGGAUGACGAGCGGGAGUACAGGAAUUGGGAGCAUGAUGUUAUUGACCGAAAGAAUUUGCUGACUGGAGAACGUGCUGACAACCUCGAGCCGUCGCAGAUAUUGGAUAGCACUACCCGCUGGUGGGCAAACACUUUCGGAAUGAGGUAA